AUGGCUAUAGGAGGCAGUCUCGCAGGAGGGCAGAUUCCAGUAUCAGUCCAAGCAUCAGUAAAGAAGGAGCAAGAGGCGUCAAGUACGAAACAAGAGAACGUCAAAAUAGAAUCUUUAUCCGUCACCUACAUGUUCCCCCGAGCGGGCAUUGAGAUGGACAUUGCCGACUUAGAGUUAGACGAGGACUGUCUCUCCGAUGUUAGGGCAGUAACAACCCUAGAAGAGCGAGAUCGGUUCUUUGAGCACUAUGGCACUAUAUUCAUAACAAAGCUUACCCUUGGGGGGUUCCUCUACAGCACCCGGAAUAUAAACGAUGAAGAGCGCAAGCAAAUCGAGAAAAUCAAAAACACAACGCGCAUCGCCGCUGGCCUCAGCGUUCAAACCCCCUGGGCGGGUGCCGGGGGUGAAUUUUCUAUCGUAAACUCCACAAAUACGGAGGAAAGUCAAUCUACGCUUCUUCAGGAUUAUCAUCUUACUUGGGAUUCUCAUGGGGGUGACACAACGCUCUGUUCAGAGUACGUUUUUGAGCCGGAGUUCUUCCAUAUGACAAAGCUAACAAGACAGCCCUCCCCGUCCAUUGCUCUUGGGGCCUUCAGCAGCCUCAACGGCUUCUCAACUAGGAAAAAUGAUGGCAUCAACAGAAAUAUCACAGCCAAUCGGGCCUAUUCUGACGAAGUUCGCGAUGCGUUACUUGACGCUCUAAGGGUCAAUAAUAACCCCAUUUCCAGAAAGAUUCGCUAUUAUUUCGAGGAAGGGGAGUAUAAACAAAAAGACCUGCAAAAUCAGUACAAUGAAUUUCGGGCCGAGUUUUUCCCUCAUGACCCUAGGGCUGAAAUAACCAAUGGCCUUACUUUCACUGACUUAUUCAUUGACCAAAAGGUUGGUUUAGGUCUGUACAUGGUGCACGAGGAGCAGCUCAUGUGGUGUGGAUGA